GAGCCUGAUGCGGGCUGGAUCUCACAAGCCCCGAGAUCAUGACCUGAGUCGAAGUCGGAUGCUCAACCGACUGAGCCCCCCAGGCACCCCUGAUGUAUUUAGUCUUUGAAAAUUGAAGACGUAGAAACUAACUCUGCAAAAGCCCUGUUCUGGUCGAGGAAUCAGGACCUUGGAGCCAACCUGGGGCCGCAGCGCUGGGGCUGGUCUCAAAGGUGCCGCACUGACUCUGGGGUGCCUGGGACUUCGCCUGCCCCUAGAGUGGGAUUCGGGAGGGACCCUGACGCGUCUGGGCCACCGGCCUCCUCUGGGGCCUCCCUCGGAUCAUCCGUGCGGUGUAUCUCUCUAGCGUCUCGUGGGCCGGACUCUGCUGUGUGGCCCUCAAAGCUUGUACCACAAAACCAAGCCCGGUUUCACUGGCUGGCCGUCUUCCUUACUCCGCAGAGGAGGGGCCGCUGGGCUGGGACCCCAGGGCUGAGGAUGGGGCACACGGGGCCACACUGGUGUGCUGGACUCCUCUGCAUCACCUUGCGUGCUUUUCCUGGAUGCUCUGGUGUAUUUCUCACGGUAACCGCAGGACAUGGGAGCUGCUGCCGCCGACCGCGGACGGCUCUGGGGCUGCCUGGGGCCCUGGCCGGGGGCUGGGCAGGAUCGGGGACCCUGGGGGGUGCCCUCCGGCGCUGGAGUCGCUGCGGUCCCGCUCAGAGGUCAGUCCACAGGCCCUCGGCUCUGCCAGUGAGAACGGCACCAACAUUAAGCACAGGGAGGAGGCACCGUGCCAGGUAGCACAUCAUCUGGGAUUAUUGCUUCUUGCCUUCUUCAUCCAGCUUGAAAUGCCCACCAGCUGUGUGUCCUUCCGUCUGUCUGGGUUACGGGUGCCAGGGACACAGGGCUGUCUGUCGGGUGCAGGACGGCGUGUGUCCUGGGGAGGCAGGAGGGGCCCUACGGCACACACCGCUGCGUGGACGGGGCCUGGAUUCAUCCCGGUGGCCGGGGGUCCCGUGGGCCCGGCCGCUGGGCGGUGGGCCUUUGCUCGAGCACGGCGCUGUGGCCGGGGGUGGGACAGCCACUCCUCCUCCUCCACGACACCGGCAGGAGACAUUGCCCCCGGAGAAAGCCGGGGUUUGUCAGCUGCAGAGGGAACAGGGCGAACUUGUCUCACUCCAGCUCUGCAGUCCUGUCAUCCUGAGGUUCAGGGUACCCCACGGGCUCAGGCGGGGCGCCCCCCGCGGCUCAGAGAUGCUGGCGCCGCCCCCCCCCCCCCCCCCCCCCCACCAAGGGGGGCUGAGGGCUCUGGGGCUCUGACCUUCCCUCCGCAGGGCGACGAGGCAAUUCCUAUUCCGGGGACGUUUUUCACAAUAAAUCCAAGUCAGGCUCUGAGAGAAUGGAAGUCCCCGGGGCACAAGGUUAUGGGCACCUUGACAACCUGGGGCGAAGUAAAUCAGCAGAACGGAUGACAUUUUUCCAGAUGGAAACCAAGUGCGGGACUGUCUCCUCAGGAAGAGGAAGCCAGCGUCUAGCACAGCAGGUUGCUCGCGGAGGGAAGCUGCUGACGGGUCUGCGCUCAGAGAGGGCAGAGGGGUCUGCGCUCAGAGGGGGCAGAGGUUGAGGCCGAUGGCCGAGGGUCCUCGCGGGGCGGGAGCCGGGGAGGGUCCUGGAGCCUGAGCUGCUCGUGUGUGUUCACUUCAUGCCACGUGUUGUCUCGUGGAGGCAGGGCCGGGUGGCGUGAACAGGUGAUGGGGCGCUGGGCCGGGCGGGGGAGGGAGGGAGACCCGGGGGCAGAGGUCAGGGCAGAGAGGCUGAGACACCUCCCCGGGUUCCUUGUUUGACGGGGAAGCGCUGAUUAGGCGCCUGUGUCCGCAGGGAGCAGCACUGCCCGUGCCUGGUGCUGCUGGCCCCUCGUGAAACCGAGGGCGUUACCGUCGUUCCCACCUUGGCUGGGGGCUCAGAGAGGCUUGCGCAGGUGCCCGCGGCCACGCACGAGAACGGUGUUGUCCGGCCUCCACGCGGCAGCGGACCCCAGAGUCUCUACCGCCUCCCCUCUAAGCUCCCCGGGGGCAGGUCACGCGUCUUGGUCACCGUGUCCUCCCCUGUCCAGCUGAGUGACCACAGGGAAGCGUCCAGAAACGUCUGAAUGAAUGAGCGAGCCCACGUCAUCCCGAGGAUACCUUUACCGACAACAGCCUCCGUUCAUCGAUGGCCGCUGGCCCGUUGGCGCCCCAGCGGCCCUGUGAGGUGUGGGGACACCCGGGCUCGCGGGGGAUUGUCGGCGCGUUCCAGGUCGCGCCGCUGGUGGAGCUGGGAAUGGAGCCCACGGGGCUCUGACCUCUGUCCUCGCGGGAGCCGUCCCAGGGCUGAGUCCGCGUGAAGGAGCCUGUCCUCAGCUGUCUUCAGGCCCAUCACGUCCGUCUGGAGGAGGACCCAGGGAACGGCCCCACACGGGCAGGGGAAGCGCUGGCGUCCGGAGCGGGACGGCCGCCGUCAGCACCGCACACGUGGGGGGAGCCGUCCCCGACCUGCUGCCCGGACCCCCGUGUGCUGGAGGGCUGUCCUGUGAGCCCUGCCCGGAGUCCCCACCCCCAGGGUCUCGGGGCGGCCUCGGCUUCUGUGUCCGGCCGCUGUGUGUCGCCGUGGUGUGUGACGGACGGCUCGGUCCACCCGCCUGGGGCCGAAAGCGCAGAUGGCGGGCGGCCAUCGGGGCGGGAUCUCGAGGGCCGCAGGCACAGCGUCCGGGGCCGUGGCCGAGACGAGCGGUGCACGGCCGUGUCUGAGUCUGUGCGCGGCCUGUUGUGGUUUCAGAGGUGCGGGCAGGUUAGCAGGCAUCUGGGAUCCUGGGAGGAGAACGGGACACAUCCGUCCUGCUGACACCAAAGUCACCACGGGGCAAGAAGAGAGGCAGGGGGCGCCUGGGUGGCUCAGUCGGUUGAGCGUUUGACUUCGGCUCGGGUCCUGCUCUCACAC